AUGGCCUCUCAGAACGACUGCUACGAGCCACCAAACAACGAGAACGAGGUUUCCAAGAAAACACAGCCAGCAAAGCGCAAGAAAGGACAAGCCAGGAGCUCCAAGGAACUGGCAUGUCUCACAUGCCGGCCCAGGAAGAUCAAGGUUGGCUUAUCAACGUGUCUAGCAAGCUCUAGCAAUAGCACUCACAUUCGCCAGUGCGAACGGAUUGACGGCGUCUGUGAGAGAUGCAAGUCGCUCAACGUUGUGUGUCGACUGCCAGAACGCGAUGAGCGCCGAUUUCGAUAUUCUAAGGACUAUAUCGUCCUCCUCGAGAACCAAAUUGCCGAACUCAGAACGGUGGUCGCAGAAUUGCAACAAGAUCGUCAGAAUCAGCUACUAUCCCCCGUGCAAGAAUCGCCUAACAGAGAAGGCUCCCCUCAUCGAUCACCUGGGAGGUUGUCAUCACCGCUUCGAACGCUCGAGGCGUCAGUUCAUCACUAUACACAGCCUCAGCUCGCGCCAUCUCCACAGGAUUCUGAUACAUCGGCUGCUCCGUCGAUGGGCACGGAGCUUUCAAGUGCCACAGGAGUCAGGCUCGCCAAAUCCUCAACUGGGUCAGAAGCCGGAGAGAGCCUGAUCACACGACUAUGCAGAGCCCGGGGACGACUCAACAGUACCAAUGAAGGGCAAUUGCGUUAUUUUGGCCCAACUUCCAGCCUCCAUUUGACAGAGAGCGUCACGUCCAUAUUCAGGUACUGCAAUGACGUGGCCAAAUUUGGACCAGGCCUUGAAAAGGACAUUCCCUGGGCCAUGCAGCAGUAUCUCCUGGACUUGUACUGGAAGUAUCAGCACAAUCUGUUACUGGUGGUUCACAAAGAAGCUUUUCUCGCUGGGAUGGAGACUGAGCAGUCCCCAUACUUCAGUCGUUGCCUGCUUUUGUGUAUGCUUGCAUCCGCGGCACGGAUUUCAGACAGUCCCGAGAUCAGGGCAUUGUCCAUCCCGGUGGACGAAGGUACCCCGAAUGAGACGGCCAUCCUCACGAGACGAGCGGAAGAGGCUCUCGAAGAAGAAUUGAAAAAGCCGCGCCUGACCACGAUAUCAUCUCUCAUCCUGCUCAGCGUGUUGGAUUGUACUCAGUCAAAUGACUCAAGAGGCUGGAUGCGGGCAGGCAAUGCCUGUCGCCUGGCGUUUGACCUUGGGCUGCACCAAGACUGGUCCCAUCUAUCACAAUCGAAUUUUACAGCUAUCGACGCCGAGGUGCGGAGCGUCGUGUUCUGGGGAUGCUUUUCUCUAGACAGGCUUUGGGGUCUAUACAUCGGGCGACCACCAGUCAUCAAUCUAUGUGAUGUGUCCAUAAGCCGGCCUGAUCCAAAUGGACAUUCUUGGGACACCAAGGUGCUCGCGGCAUGGGUUGAAUUGCUUGACUUGGCAGGUCAGAUUAGCGAGAGAUUGUAUGUUAUUUUAUCUUCUGUGGCGAGCACAGCGAGUGACGAGACUCUGGAGCAUUGGGAUUCGAGCCUUGAUCCGACCCUGACAUGGUUUCGGCAAGCACCUCCAGCGAUAUAUCAACUCAGAAUGCUUAACAUCUUUGGUCCCAUCAGGAUCCAAUAUUCGAGCUUGACAAUUCUACUGAACAAGCACAACGCCGGUUUCGGAAACACAGAGAGACAGCAAGAUUCAGCGACUGCCAUCUCACGCCGCGUCUGCGUCGACCACGCAUUCCAAAUCUCCACCAUGGUCCAGGACUACGACUUACACCAGGGGGGUGCUGCCACAAUGAACGGCUCGGCCUUAUACAACAUCACCAUGGCCGCGACGAUAUUCAUCGCCGACAUAUACGAACGAGACCGCGACGUGGUGUCGUCUGACGAACUCACAGCCCUGACACUGUGUCUGGACGCCAUGAAGAAGAUGGAGGGCGUCGAGGUAGUCGCCCGCAACGUGCGCAAGAUCGUCCAGACCAUCAUGCGCGUCUGCGGCGUGCAGAACCGUCGCGAUCACUCGGCUGACCAGGUCGAGGUCAAUAUAGCGGCGAGAGCUGCGAGUGCGAGUGUCAAGGACGUCUUCCCCAAUACGAGUGUGAGUGCGAACGCGAACGCGAACACGUCGACGCAUCAUGGACACGGACCUAGUGGUACUGGCAAUGGCAGUGGCAGCGGCAAUCUCCACAUGGAUCAAGAUCUGAUGGAUUUCAAUUUCGACCAGGGCGUUCUGGAUAGCGUGCUGCACUUCCCGUUUGAAGAGGCGUUGAUGGAUCCAACUUCGGCGCCGGGGUUCUUUUUGCAGUGA